AACUCUAGAGGUGGUUUAAAUGGUGAAUUGUCAUUUUCAACUACCACAUCACCCAAAGCUGAACCAAUACAAUAUACUUCUUUGAAUCCUAACUUUCGUACCAUUUCGCCAAAUCAUGUAGCACCACCUCCACCUAAUACUGUCAAUUCUUCUACUACUACACAAUCUCCCCCUCAAAUAUCCAUAAAAUCUACUGGACAAUACAGAGCUUAUUCUCCACAACAUUUUUAUCAAAAUCGAACUCUUGAUCAAUAUGCAUCUCAAUCUAUCAACCCAAUUACUCUUAGACAACUUAUAGUAUUUGGUCGUAAUUUGACCGAAGAAAGAAUUAUUAAAAGUGGAAAUUAUGUGAGAAGUGAACUUCCAGUACGAAUAGCUCAUAGAAUAAGAGAUUUUCAAAAUUUACCUUUUAUUGUGGGAACAAAUCCUCAUCUUGCUAAGGUUUAUGAUUUAUAUUGGUUUGCAUUUGAAAAAUUAAGAAAAUUUCCUCCUAUAAGAUCUAUUGAAGAAAAUAAUGAAUGGUGUAAAACUAUAAAAGGCUUAUUAAAAGAUCAUUUAGUGGUAAUUCCUCAAUUAGCAAUGGGUAUAAUGGAAUGUUCGGAACAUUUAUCUGGAGAACAAAUAGAUCGAUUUAUGAAUACAAUGUUGAGAUCACGUAUUUCAAGAAGAGUUUUGGCCGAACAACAAAUUGCUUUAACUGAAAAUUGGCACGAUUCUAGCUAUACUUAUGAUCAAAGUGAGAAUGAUGGAUGGAUUGGUGUUAUAUCAACUCAUUGUAAGGCUAAUGAAAUUGUGGAAAAAUGUGCUAAAAUGGCAAGAAGCUUUUAUAAAACUUUUUAUGAUGUUGAACCGCCACAGGUUCUUGUCGAUGGUCAAGUGGAUACUACUUUUGCUUACAUACCAGAUCAUAUAGAAUAUAUUGUCCAUGAAUUAUUAAGGAAUUCUAUAAAAG